GUUGUGCAGUGGAUUAUGCCCUGUUCUUCCUUGCAAACGCUCUCUGAUUAUGUCUACUUUGAGAAUUCAUCAAGCAACCCUUUUCUAAUUCGAAGAAUCGAGGAACUAAAUAAGACUGCGAACGGCAAUGUUGAAGCAAAAGUGGUUUGUUUCUACAGAAGGCGAGAUAUACCGAGUACUCUUAUUGGACUGGCAGACAAACAUGCAAGCCAAGAGCUGGAUAAUUGUGAUGCAAUACUACCGACUGAGGUCCCUGAUGUUCCACAAGAAACACUGCCUAAAACUGAGGACCUGGAGGAGGAGAUGGAAACAGAAACAAACCUGGAUGGCCCACAGCAGUUGACAGAGAAACAGCAACACCAGCUCAAACAUCGAGAGCUGUUCCUAUCACGCCAGCUUGAGUCCUUACCAGCAACACACAUACGAGGUAAAUGCAGUGUGACUCUGCUGAAUGAAACUGAAGCGGUCUUUUCGUAUCUGGAGAAAGAGGAUUCCUUUUUUUAUUGUCUAGUUUAUGAUCCACAGCAAAAGACUCUUCUAGCAGAUAAAGGCGAGAUCCGUGUAGGUCCCAGGUACCAGGCAGACAUUCCGGAUUUACUAAAAGAAGAUGAAGAGGAUGAAAGAGAUCAGUUAAAACUUGAAGUAAAAAUCUGGGAUCCGGACAACCCCCUGACCGACAGGCAGAUAGACCAAUUCUUGGUCCUUGCACGAUCUGUAGGUACAUUUGCUCGGGCCUUAGAUUGCAGUAGUUCCAUACGACAGCCAAGUCUACACAUGAGUGCUGCAGCUGCCUCUAGAGAUAUCACACUGUUUCACUCAAUGGACACAUUACAUAAAAACAACUACGAUGUGUCGAAGGCAAUCUCAGCGUUGGUGCCGCAGGGAGGGCCCGUACUCUGUCGGGAUGAGAUGGAGGAAUGGUCAGCCUCUGAAGCCAAUCUGUUUGAGGAGGCCCUAGAAAAAUAUGGCAAGGACUUUAGUGACAUUCGACAAGACUUUCUUCCGUGGAAAUCAUUAACCAGUAUAAUUGAAUACUAUUACAUGUGGAAAACAACUGACAGAUAUGUACAGCAGAAACGUUUGAAAGCAGCUGAAGCAGAGAGUCGACUAAAACAGGUCUACAUCCCCAACUACAACAAACCAAACCCUAACCAGAUCAAUGUGAAUAACGCAGUCAGCAAACCAGGGAUGGUGAAUGGAGCUGGGUUCCCAGGACAGAAUGGAGGAGCUGGCAGGGCUUGUGAGAGCUGCUACACAACCCAGUCAUACCAGUGGUAUUCAUGGGGCCCUCCGAAUAUGCAGUGCAGACUGUGCGCAGCUUGCUGGAAUUACUGGAAGAAAUAUGGUGGCCUGAAGAUGCCAACGAGGCUGGAGGGUGAGAGACCUGGACCUAACCGUAACAGCUCGAAUCCCCAUGGGUAUUGGGUGAAAAAUGCCAACCCCAAGUUUACACUGAAGACACGGCAGGCAUUCUGUCUUCAGACAACGAGACUCACUAAAAUUGCACGGUAUUUCUGUCAGAACCUGUUUCGCCCACGGCAGGCAGCACGGCGACCCUUCAUACCAAUCAACAGUGCGGCUAUCAAAGCAGAAUGCACUGCUCGACUUCCAGAAAUCGGGGAGAAGGCAAUUAAGCUCAAACCUUUCAUCAGGAAGUCAUUGGAAUCCAUAGUCAAGUACCUGGAGCUCCAUCCACCUGUUAAGACUGUUCCCAGUCUGCCUGUACAUUCAGGCAGUGUGACUCCUGCCAAGAUGCCCCCUGUCUUAAACCAUGGUUCUCCAACUAUUCUGGGCAAGCGAGGAUACGAGCAGCACAAUGGUAUUGAUGGCACUAUGAAGAAACGUCUGUUGAUGCCGUUUAGGGGUAAGACAAUCGCGCAGUCGUGCUCACGGCUACACGCUCAUCCAAAUCAUGGACAAGUGAGACAAAUGACUGCCAUUAACAGGGGUUACAUGAUUAAUGGGAAACCAUACUCAAGAAACUCCAAAGUGCUGAAGCCGGGGUCCCUUCCCCCAAUGAAGGGCAGGAGGAUGAACUGGAUCGACGCACCAGAUGAUGUUCUUUUCAUAGCAACGGAUGAAACUCGGAAAGUGCGUAAGAUGCUGGGUCCUGUCGAUAUGAAGCGGGCAGCGCGUCAGCCCUACAGACAGAUUCUAAUUCGACAAGGACGUACAUCUUCUGCAUCGCAACAACCCAGGCAGCCCAUGAAUGAAGAACCAAUUGUCAUCGAGGAUUAAUGCAAAGUGGAGUUUUAAUAAAGCGAGAGACUUGUAGUCCCUGUUAUACUUGAACCUUCAGUGCGCAUGAAGUAGAGCUCCUGAACUAGACUCCAAAUCAAGUGCUUGUCAGCCUCACGUUUAAGAUCAAUUUGAAGGAUUAUUAUUUGAGUUAGAUUUCCAAUGUCCUUCCAGAGUGGACAGUGGCAGUGGACAGAGUAGCUGAUGGCUACAGUUAAUGGCAGCUCCGACAGCCUCUUCCACCCCUUCUCGGUGGCUACUACCUUUGUUUUUGUUCCUGCAGGAAGCGGAGCUGCCUCGUGAUGUUAUUUGCGAACCUGAAUGGCCUGUGGUUCUCUUUGUUCUUUGAACUAUCCUCUUGCUCCAGUCUGUGCUGCUGGGGCUCCCAGAACAAUGUGGUUGUCUAUGGCUUGGUAAAAGGUUUUUUUUAAAGAAAAAGAAAAGUAAAGAAAAAGAUUUUAAGAAUUCCUUUUAUUUUGAGAAUUGUCUGUAAUAGUUUAAGGAGGUGCCGUUUCUCCUCGGUUUAAGAAGCAAGUUUUGUUUUUAUGAACUGGUUGGCGUGCAGUUAAUGCAGUGCAUUGUUUUUGCAUGUUACACUGUAUAUUGUAUCCUUGAACCCAUUUAAAAUGGUGCAGUUUUCCAGUGGAACCGAAGAGGGAAAAAAACUUUCUUAAAAGACUUUUUUUCAUGUAUGACCUUGAAUCUUUUCAUCACUUGAGAUUCGUUAUUGCAAGUUUCACAGUGAAUAAUUAUGUACAAAAUAUUUUUCCAUGUUUCUGACUUGGGUUGUGUUUGAAGCACCCUGAUUUUCACAGUGAGAUAUAUUCCUACUACAAGGUUCUAUAGUUUAGUGUGCUGAUAUGUACAUACACUGCUAAUGUAGUUGGUAAGUUAGUGUUAUUCAGUCAUUCCAUAGGAUUCAGGGAGGGGCAGUGGAUGUAAAGUUUUACUGAUUCUCUUUGUAACAGCUUAAGGACGUGCAGUGUCCCCACUGGGGCAACCUGGACUCGGUGUCCCUCUUGGAAUAGUCAAAUGAAGCUCAUCCUUAGCCAUACAAAAAUAAUAAAGCAUCAACUGAAAUCUCUCCAAGUUA